CAGUACCAAAUAACCCAUCAUCUCACAACAAGAAAGAACACUAGUUGGGAGAUAUCUACAAUCCCCAUACUAUUGCUAGUACUCUCUUUUCUUCUUCUACUUGUACACUCACAACUCUACUGAAGAGUACUACUUAGCAAGAAAAUAUGUUGCCUGUGGGAGUAGCAGUGACCACCGUUGUGGUAGCAUUGGUUACCAUAUUCGUAACGCACUGGGUUCGCAAAUGGAGGAAUCCCAAAUGCGAAAACGGUGUUCUUCCACCUGGGUCCAUGGGCUUCCCUCUCAUCGGAGAGACCAUUCAGCUUCUCAUUCCCAACCGAUCUUUAGAACUCCAUCCCUUCAUUUCUAAGAGAGUCCAGAGAUAUGGAUCAGUGUUCCGAACUAAUGUGGCCGGUAAACAAGUUGUUAUAACAACCGACCCAAAAUUCAAUCAUUACAUCAUUACAGAAGAAGGGAAAUCCGUAGAAUUGUGGUAUUUGGACACGUUUUCGAGCAUGUUGCCCAUAUAUGCUGUAGGCUCUGUCCAGAAGUACAUUAGAAGCAUAACUUUGACACACUUUGGAGUUGAGGGCAUCAGAGUGAAUUUGCUACCACAAGUUGAACAACUCAUUCAGAAAACUCUUCAUCAUUGGUCCACCAAGCCAAUUGUUGAUGUCAAACAUGAUGCUACUUGUAUGAUUUUUGAUUUCACCUUGAAGCAGUUGUAUGGCUAUGAUUGGGAAAAAUCAUCAGAGAUGCGACAUAGUGAGAAGUUUUCAACCUUAUUGCAUGGUCUUUUGUCCCUUCCUUUGGACAUCCCUGGCACUACUUUCCACCAAUGCGUCAAGGAACGCAAGGAAUUAUUAAGCAUGUUGAAGAAUAUCGUACAAGAGAGAAUCGAUUCCGAUAACAAGUUUAGAGGGGACUUCCUUGACAGAGCAAUGGAAGACAUGAAAACUGAGAAGUUUUUAACAGCCGAAUUUCUAUCCAAUUUGAUGUUUGGAAUUUUAUUUGGAAAUUUUGAGCCAAUCUCUUCUGUUAUACUUUUGACUUUGAAGUUGCUCUCGGAGCAUCCUUCAAUAUUAGAGGAGCUUACAGCUGAAAACGAGGCAAUCGUUAAAAACAGAGAGAAUCCAGAUUCUCCACUCUCUUGGGAAGAAUAUAAAUCAAUGACUUUCACACUUAAUGUCGUGAAUGAAGUUCUUAGGUUAGGAAAUGUAGCACCAGGGCUGCUAAGAAAAGUCACAAAAGAUAUCAAAUUCAAUGGAUAUACAGUUCCAGCUGGUUGGAACAUUUUGAUUGUUACUUCCGCUCAUCAAUUAAAUCCAGAAGCCUUUAAGGAUCCAGUUAAAUUCAAUCCAUCACGUUGGAAGGACCUUGAUCCAACUGUUAUAUCAAAGAAUUUUAUGCCCUUUGGAGGAGGGGUGAGACAAUGCGCAGGUGCAGAUUACGCUAGGGCGUUUGUAUGCACUUUUCUCCAUGUAUUGGUCACCAAGUAUAGUUGGACAAAAAUUAGGGGAGGAAAGAUCGUUCGGAGACCCAUUUUGGACUUUGUAGAUGGGGUUCACAUUAAACUCACACAAAAGAGCAACUGAUACCUAAUGAAGAUCGGCUGCCGUGGACUCAAAUAUUGCAAGCUUUUCAUAUAGGGCUUUCAACUAAGAAAUUAUGUUAUAUGCUCUUUUAUUUUUUGUGUUAUCAAAGUUGUAACUAGAGAUUGUUUUAGAACAGCUACCUCAUGUUUGUGCUGUCAACUAAGCUCUAUCAAUUAAUAAUCUUUUUGUUCCUCUGUACUAUAAUAUAUAAAUGAAUGCUUUCUUUAACCCGAAAA